CGCGGUCUCCCUUAACGUCACGAUCAACUUGUGAAUAUUGCUCGCGCUAUAAAAAUUCUGGCGUCACUCUCGGAGUUAAUUCGGCAGUAAAAACUAACAAAAGAUCAAAUCAUCGAGGUUUUUGCCACGAUUUAUUGUGACAACUCAUCUCUAGGACAGUGCAAAGCGCAGUGGAGAGAAAGUGUUAUCUUCUAUUCGCACUUGUGGGAAUAACUCGAAAACUUGCAAAGCGUCGAGUCGUUUCAGCGUUAUUACUAUACGCGCUGCAACUCCAACUUUGCGGAUAUUGUUUUGUCUCCGAAUUAAGUUUUCGCUAUUCGGACCAUUCUGUGAAACGCGAUGUGACGCUGUGUCUAUUGAAUUCUGACGGAAUUUAAAGUUCUCGACCCAGGAAAUAAUAUUAGGUGUUCAUAGCAUGCCAUGUAUUUAUGACGCUCGUAGCCGCCAGCUCACUGAUAUGGUGGAGGUCGUGACAGUGGUGCUAACUUUUGUCUGUAUAGUGCAGUCAGUCCAUGCUUCUUGGUGGUAUUUAGGCGUAGCCAGUUCAGCCUUAGAAGCGGACACUGCAUUCAUGGAAUUUGACUGUGACUCCAUGCCGUACCUGGCGCCCAGGCAGAGGGAACUGUGUGGCACAUCACGCAACAUGCUGGAUGUGAUCAGUGAAGGGGCUUCCAUGGGGAUAGACGAGUGUCAGCACGAGUUCAGGGACAGGCGCUGGAACUGUACAACAUUCAAUGAAACAACAGUGUUUGGCAAGGUGCUCAAUAUAAAGAGUCGAGAGACUGCUUACAUCUAUUCGAUCCAGUCAGCAGGUGUGAUGUACGCGAUCACGAGGGCCUGCGCCAAGGGAGAGCUUGACCACUGUGGGUGUGACCCGAACAUUAGAAACGUAGACACUGAACAGGAGUUUGAGUGGGGAGGGUGCUCACACAAUGUCAAGUACGGCGAGAAAUUCACCAAGGAGUUUGUGGACACUUCUGAGAUGAAGUUGAGUGCAACUGGAAUGAUGAAUUUAUGGAAUAAUCAAGCAGGAAGAAAGGGCAUUCACCAUAACAUGAAGCUUCUGUGUAAAUGCCAUGGAGUAUCAGGAUCAUGUUCGAUAAAAAUCUGCUGGAGGACAAUGCCACCUUUCAGAGCAAUCGGUGGGUUCCUGAAGGAUCGCUUCGAUGGCGCUAGUAAAGUGAAAUUCAACAAAAAACAAACUAAAUUACGUCCUGUGUCAAGACGGCAGAAGCGGCCCACCAAGAAAGACUUGGUGUACUUGGAAGAGUCUCCUGAUUAUUGUAACUAUAACCCAACUCAUGGUUCCAUGGGGACCACGGGUAGACAGUGCAACCAGACAAGCAUCGGUCUGGACGGCUGCAAGCUCAUGUGUUGUGGGCGUGGCUAUUAUACAAUCGUACGGGACAUCAAGGAGGACUGUGACUGCAAGUUCUUCUGGUGUUGUCGGGUCGUUUGCAAAAAAUGUACAAAGGUCUUAGAGGAGCACUUCUGCAACUGAGGUCUAAAACUAAAAAUAAGACUUCAAACCAUUUAUUCGACUCAGGUUGCGUUGAUUGGAUGACUUUGUCCUGCGAAGUUCCGCCUGAAUCGGAGAGUUCUUCCAAAUACUACUUCGUAGUUUUUGUAAGUCGAUGGAGAGUUGCGAUGAUGCUCUCGUACUGCAUGGGAUAGGAUCUGUGUAAAUUGAAGUCGUCAGGUCGUCUUUGGUUGCUGAUUGGGUUUUGUUGUGUGGAACGUAAUGCGCAACGGGAGGUACCAUUCCAUUCAGCAUGUCAUUGAAUGGACGAAUAAGAUAAUCUAGCUGGUGAAUAUAUAUGUGGAUCAUGUCAAACUGGCCUCAAGCUAUAUUUUAAAUGUUAUGGAAGUCAUUUCACCCAAUGUCCCUCGUUGUCAAGCAGUCGUUGUUUGCCGAGUCUGUCUGACCGUAUCAAUCCUUUAGUUGAGGACCACCAACUGACUGAAUAUUAUCAUAUACAAAACCGUGACCUGAUAAUCGAGUAGUUAAGAUUAGAUAGAAGUUAAGUAACCAAGUUUGUCGUCAGCUGCCGAUGGAUGUUGAUGAAGAUGCGAGUCCGGAAGGACAGGAGACAUAUUUGAAUCGGACAUUAGUAAGUUAACUUGUGUGUCAAACGGUGCAGUAGACUACCAAAAUGUAGAUGUUUUGUUCAUAUCUCGCUAUUGUCGAGUUUCUAUAUUUAGUUGUAGAUCUUACCACGUCUUCAAAAAGAGUAAAUCCAAAUAACGUAAAGGUAACAUAUGUAAACUAGUGCAUUUAAUCUGCGUUGUACAUAUUGUUGUGUUCUGAGGAAAGUAAGCUCUCUAUAAAUUGGAGGAUUAUCGAUCAGAGUAUCCUUAUCAAAAGAUGCGUGUGAAUUACCCGGUACCAUUUUUUUUCAUACACUUCACAUUUUUGUAUUAAACAAGAAAUAUCUUUUUUGAAACAGUACUCUCGACUCAAUUUUGUGCGAGUAAAAUUGACUUAUCACUCAAAGCAUCAAACCAUAACUUGAACCUCAACCGACCUGGACAUUGGUCGUCAUUAUCCUGCCACUCAGGAGCUUAUUUCGAGAAAAAACCCAACCUUUACAGCCACAUUAGACACAUUAUUGUUAAAGUUGAUGUCAUACCCAAAGAGAUCCCAUAUGUGGUGUAUAUCCCCGGUCUAGACUCCAGUGUAGAUCAUAUAUCUAAAAUAAACUUGUAAUAUCGUUUCAAUGGUAUUGCUCUGUCCGUUAUUUGGGCUGUCAUGUAAAAUGUAGCGGAUGUGAUACUAUUCUGUCUAUCUGAGUUUUUCAACUCUGAGCUAAUGAUGUGCUGUCCUACAUUUCACUCAGCAAAGGGACAACUUUGGCGUGAGGUAUGUUGAUUUUCCAUACAGAAAUGGCUCCAGCAGGACCGUAACUUCAGCUCAUACAUCAACUACAUCAACUACGUCAUGACUGAUUUAACCAACAUAAUGUUGGUUACAAAUCAGUCAUGACGUAGUUGAUGACGCUUUCAUGAGAACUGUUUAAUAUAUUGUAAAUGUACAACUGUUACAAUGGUUAAAAAAAAACCUUGCAUGAGCGAUGUUGAGGCGCAUUGUAUCGGACAGGGAGAAUAUCCUCCUGGCCGCCCAAAGCCCCAACCAAAGUUGUCCCUCGCUGGUCUUAUGUUUCUACCAAUCGGGAACUGUCUCACUUAUAAUUCAGGUUAUUUUACACUUUUCCAUCUGCGGUUUGAGAGACGGCAGAGACGACAUCAACAAUGUGGCGUAUAUACUAAUUGUUACAUUGAAAACCCCGCUUCUUUUUUGUUUCCUCUCAUAAUUUGAUCUAUAAAAUGCCUUUGUAUCAUACUAUGUAUUAAACUCUGUUGGAAUGUA